AUUUCACCUGUUUCAGAAUUGAUGCAAUGCUUGCAUGUAAAUCAACUUAACCAUGCGUGACGGGUUUCUUCUUGACCCCACUUUAAUUAUAUUGUUACUGCUCCGGUUGCUAAGAUGUCAACCGUUUGACGGACAUGAACCUCCUCCGAGCGUUGGUGCGCUUCUCGAUCCGAACUCUACUAGGGACAACGAAAUUCUAAUUAGCUACCUAGCCGCUGUAUCAAGGCUGGACGAGCAACCUGAAGAACUUAUGAAAGCCAUUAGUAUUGCAAGGACGAGAGGCUCCGACUCUUCAUCCUCUUCUUCACCUUUUCAUGAUGAACGCAUCAAACAGAUUUACAAUAUGUUCAAUUGUUUUAGCACUGAUUUUGACGGGUCGAUGAUUUCUGGAGCUUUACAUGUGGCUGUGAAUGAAAUAAAUGCGGAUCCAAAUCUUCUACCCAAUCAUCACUUAUCCUACAUAUUUGACAAUACAUGUGGCAAAGAAAAACAAAGCACACAGUACUUCAUGGACCACUGGAAAAUGGGAGCACGUGUUUUUAUUGGACCUGAGAUGAACUGUCGAACUGAAGCUACUAUGGCAGCCGCGCAAAACUUGCCAAUAAUCAGCUACAAAUGCAAAGAUCAGACUGUUUCUGAUAAAAAGAAGUACAACACAUUUGCUCGGACAGUCCCGGCUGAGACCGAUAUCGUGAAAGCCUUCAUUGCACUUUGCCGAGAGCAUAACUGGAAGAAGUUUGCGAUCAUAUAUGAAGAACAUCCUGCACACGAGGAGCUGUAUCUGGCACUUCGGCAAGCAAUUGAUUCGGAGAACAUUCAUAUGGAAGCGGAUGAAACACGAUAUUCGGUGCAAAAUGUGUCGAAGGUAGUCCGGUUCAGUGAAGUGCAGUCGGAAAAACUUAUCGAUAGCGUUAUCGAACAGACAAAGGAUAUGACGAGAUUGUACGUUACAUUCGGAAAUGUACGACUGUUUCGAAAGAUUCUGAUGUCGAUGGGGAAGCUGGGUUUGACCGAUUCACAGCAAUAUCUUCUCAUAUAUUUGGAUGCCGAUUAUAACUGGCUCAAUGUCUACCAUGCAAUGAAUAAUCAUUUUUUUAGAAACACCAUGAUCGACUUGCAAUCUUCUUGGGAUGUCACGAAUUCCUCCGACCACCGUAUCAUAGGAUACUCACGGGCGGCACUGGCUAUCAUUCCAACGCCAGUUGAGCUGAAUUCGGACAGGUUCAAGAAAUUCUGGGAACAAGCGGUGAAGGAUCUGUCGAACUUCGGAAUCACCAAACAUGAACAUACCUGGUCGAUAAAGGUCAACCGGUUUGCUUGCUAUCUCUACGACGCUGUGUACUUGUAUGCUAGAGCUCUGCAUGAACUUAUUGAGGAGACCUAUGAGCGGCAAGCACACGGCUAUGACCCUACUCGAGAUGGAACGGCGAUAAUAAAGAAGAUCCUGAACAGAAAGUAUUCUAGCAUGCAGGGAUUCGAUAUGCGUAUUAACGAGCAUGGUGAUGCCAAGGGGAAUUACACCUUACUCUCGUGGCAAGCGGUGGAACCUGUGCGAAAUAAACACGAUGGCAAUUAUUAUCCGCUUGAUCACGCCUUAGACAUCACAGCAAUGUUUGUUGAUGGUGGAGAAGGAACUAACAACAUGCCAAAGCUUCUCUUCAAUAAACCGAUCAUGUGGAUAGAUGGUCCUACAAGAGAUCAACCAGAUUGUGGUUUCCAUGGGGAGUUGUGCCGCGAUUAUGGAGGAUACAUCUCUUUGGUAUCGUUUGUGCUGUUCUUUAUUAUUCUUAUCGGUGGAGCAAUCUCAGCAGGAUUCGUCUAUAGGAGCCGCAAGUUCGAAAAAGAAUUAGCCAUGAUAUGGAAGAUUGAUGUUCGUGAAAUCCAGGGUCUCAUGCAAGGGAACACUUCUACAACAUCACUUUUCUCUGAUGGAAAUGAUAUGGGCGAGCACGCUUGGUACACUGGACAAGAUGGCGAGAAGAAAGGCUCUGGGCUAAGAGGUGUCGCCUAUUACAAGGGGACUCUUGUUGCGCUGAAAGAAUUGACUUUCUCACGGAAACCUCGCGAACUGACUAGGCAGGCUAAGAUAGAAAUGAGAGUUAUGCGACAACUAACUCAUCCCAACAUCAACACCUUUAUGGGUAUCAUCGUUUGUCCAUACUCGAUAUGCAUUGUUCGCGAAUUCUGUGCUAAGGGUUCUUUGAUGGACAUCUUGCAAAACCGCGAGUUCAAACUCGAUCAUUUGUACAUCGCGUCGUUCGUGGAAGAUCUUAUCAAUGGAAUGGUGUACAUACAUGACUCUGAGCUCAAGGUGCACGGGAAUCUGAAAUCGACGAACUGCUUGAUAACCUCGCGUUGGGCUCUUCAAAUUGCAGAUUUCGGACAUCAUGAGAUUCGUGAAGGAAGACAGUGGGAGAGCGAAGAAGCUAGGUGGAUGAGUUAUCUUUGGUGUGCGCCGGAGUUGUUACGCGAGAGUGAACUGAAGCAUUCCGUCAAAGGCACUCAGAAAGGGGAUGUCUAUGCAUUCGGUAUAAUCCUACACGAGAUCUUCACUCGCCAAGGGCCAUUCCAAAUUUUCGCUAAAACCGAUGCUCAAGUGCCAGAAAUUGUUGCACGAGUAGCCGGUGGCACCUGCAGUCGGCCAAACCUCUCUUGUAUCGAAGGGCAGGAUUACGUCACGGAGACUAUGCGCCAAUGUUGGUCAGAAUAUCCGGAAAAUCGUCCUGAUUUCAAAAGUGGCAUCCGGCAGAGGUUGAAGCCAAUGUUUGCUGGAAUCUACAAAAGGAACAUCAUGGACCAUAUGAUGGUGAUGAUGGAGAAAUAUCAAAAUCAGCUAGAAGAUCUGGUCGACGAGCGAACUGCGGAACUACGCGAGGAGCAGAAACGAAGUCAGCAUUUGCUACAGAGGAUGUUACCAAGGAGUGUCGCUCAACAACUUCUCAAUGGUCAAGAUGUUGUGCCGGAAUCAUUCCCCUCUGUUACCAUUUAUUUUUCGGAUAUUGUAGGUUUCACGCGAAUAUCUGGCGAAUCCACUCCCAUGCAGGUUGUGACCUUCCUGAACAAACUAUAUACAAAAUUUGAUAGGAUUAUUCAAAAAUAUGACGUAUACAAGGUGGAAACCAUCGGUGAUGCUUAUAUGGUUGUGUCUGGGGUGCCUAACUUCAAGGAGACUCAGUUCCACGCGAAAGAGAUAGCUCUUAUGGCCUUACGACUCUUGCGCGCCGUGCGAAACUUUAAAAUUCCUCAUCGGCCUAGUGAACAACUAAUGCUACGAAUCGGCAUCCACACCGGCAGUUGCGUUGCCGGAGUAGUGGGGAAGACCAUGCCAAGGUAUUGCUUAUUUGGUGACACUGUAAACACUGCAAGUAGGAUGGAAAGCAAUGGAGAACCGCUAAAAAUCCACUGCUCACAGCCUACGCGAGAUGUUUUGUCAGCCAUUCCCGGUUUUGUACUAGAAGAACGCGGUACCUUAUCCAUCAAGGGAAAAGGCCAGAUGACUACGUAUUGGCUUCUUGAUGCUGAAGGCUAUGAGCUAUCCGAUGACGAUGACGAUCGUGAAGAGCCGGCGCUUGCCCCAGAGAUCUUCCCCAGAAAUCCGACCUUCAGGACCAUGCGUGGUUCUGGAUUCGGUCAGCGGUCCCUCGAAUGGCUCAAUCGUGAAUCAACCAUAUCUUUAUCUACGCAAAAAGAGCAAUCGUUUUUGAAGCGACUAAUUGGCACUGUGAAGUCGUCGGCUCAGCCUAAUGUCGAGUCGCAAUCCAGUGCUUUUUACUCGGCGAUGAAUGGUGGAGUUGUAUCCAUGGGCAACUCAUACAAAGAACUGCCUAGUGUGAACGAAGAAGACUUGCCGGGGAAAUGCCAAAACGAUGCACCCACUAAUAACCGAAGCAUACGAAGGCCUCCAUUUUCAUCGACGAGGAACUGCUUCCAACCGUCGGUCCGUUCAUCAUUCCCUAAUGAAAAUGAUGUCGCUUUGAGAAAAAGAUCGACAUCUCUUCCUGAUGGCGAAGUGUUGAAUUUGGAUGUAACUGGGCCAAUGACGGGUGCUAAUUCUACCGCGCCUGUUUCUUCCUACUGCUCACCUUCUACCCGACACGGUGGACAGUAUGAAGGCGCAAGCGUAGUAGGAUCCAACAUCGCUCACUCAAGUAGCUCCCGCACGAUGCAGUCGUCCUCGCCAAGUCCAAGUCAUUACCCUUCGUACAGAGAUCUCGCUGAUCUUCCAUCUAUACCAAGGAAACAAGGUAUGGCAUUCAUUGUGCGACCUUCUAGAAAGCGAUCGCUGUCUGUUGGUGACAAUGUGAAACACACGACGUCGACUCACUUUGACGAUGGUUUAUCAGCAAAGGUAGAUCUUAACGAUCCCUUGAUUAGUCCGCCAAAACGACGCCAACGCCGACGUUUUAAGAGCAAGGAAAGGAAGUCAAUUCUGUCCCUACAGCAUUUGAGAGAUCCGUCACCGCUGCAGCGGCUUCGCGAUGCUUCACCGUUUGGCAGAAAUCUUUGGAAUGGAAGGGAACGAACUGCAUCAGUGAAUCGUUUCUUAAGGCGAUUAGCCAAUGGAGUGAGUUCACAGUAUGUUGAUCUCAACAAUUCUACGGACGACACCUGCGACUAUGUUGGAAAUGAGAUCAGCCACGUUCCUCUCCUUCAAUCGUGCGAAAAGGAAGCGGAAGAGAAGGACGGACAAGCCGAUCCUCUCAUUCCAGUGGUCACGCUGUGAUUACGUAAAAUCCAGCUGACCACUGGAAUGAGAGGGAACUUUUUAUUUUUAUUCACUUUAUGAAUUGUUAUUUUCUUUAUUGUUGAUUUCGGGUGAAUCUCAGGUAUUUCAUUGAUCUCUAAUAUAUUGUUUUUCCAUUCUUCUCUAUCUUAUACGCGUUAAGAUGG